AUGGGUUCUAGUAAUAGUGCACUAAUGGGAAUAGAUAUUUCACUCCGGUUGUCUGAACGAAACAAGCAGUUUUAUCGAACGGACGAAAUCGUUUCUGGAAAAAUCGAAUGCUUUGAUAAUAUGGAUGCUGAAAUGAGAUUGAAAAAUGUGACCAUAGAAUUGGUCGGUGAACUCGUCCAUCCCACUCAUGAAACAACACACAUUGAGAGGUCGCCCACUACUCAUCGCAUAUGUUUUUUCACCAAGAGAUUAUGUAUACACUCGGCUGAUGAGCAGAUGGAAUACACACUCAGAUUGGGCAAUCAUAGGUGGCCAUUUUCUUUCUCUCUCGAUGACUCACUGCCGCCCACUGUGAAAUCAGCUGGCUACCAGAGCCCCUCUAUUUGCUACUUUAUUUGUGUUCGAUUGAUUCGAGCUGAUUGGCAUAACGCGCGCAUUGAGAAACAUUUUCCUAUUGUAAUUCAGCGCGCAGUAACGCCACCACGUGCGAUCCACCUUGAAUACGAAGAUGAAAAUCGAAAAGGAGUUCGUUUCCGUGUAGUUUUUCCAAAGAAUAUAGCCGUUAUUGGUAAAUAUUUCUCACUAAACGUAGAUUUAUACAAUCCAAGAAGAAUAACAAUUCAUCGAAUAACGGCAGUACUUAUUGAAGAGCGCAUACUGGGCUCUUCGAAGGAGAAAAAUCUUAUUGUGUUAAAAAAUAAUAUUAUAGAUAUUGUCGAUUUUCAAGGCGAACAUUUACAUGAAACCUUUAAAUUUAUUCUGCCAGAUUCAAUUGUAGCGUCAUUUUCGUGGAAGUCAGCUAACUGGCCUUUUCGAAAUCCAUUCAUUGUACGUUAUGAGUUGAACCUUGAGGCUCAUAUCCAUGGGCCUUUCAAUAAUAUUAUAAUCCAAGCUCCUUUGACUAUCAUCAAUAGAACACCAAUAAAUGAGAACGAAAUGACACCACCACCGCCCAGCUACGAAACUCUUUUUCCUGAUUCACACAACUCGACGUGUUAA